GCGGCUGCUGCAGUGCCGGCCCCGCCCCGGCAGGGCCCUCCCUUCGCCCGCGGGCUCGGCCGCUGCAGCCGCCGCCGCUGCAGGACUACAUCUCCAUGCGUGCCCCGCGGCCCGGUCGCCCACCCCGGACUCCGUAUCCUGGGCUGCGCCGCUCCCGGCCCGGUGCGGGUAGCACAGCCCUGCGGAUGCCGGCAGCGGGGAGAGGCCAGGCCGAAGCGGGCCCUCCGCGGCAGGGGGAGCUCCGGGAGCCCCGCCGGCUGCCGCCACACUCCCCCGCCCCUCCCGCGGCGGCUCAACCGGCGGCUCUGGCCCUCGUCAUCCUCCUCAGCUUCGCCUCCCGCUUCCACCGCCUGGCGGAGCCACCGCACGUCUGUUGGGAUGAAACUCAUUUUGGGAAGAUGGGAAGUUACUACAUUAAUCGAACCUUCUUCUUUGAUGUCCAUCCCCCUUUAGGGAAGAUGCUGAUUGGACUCGCUGGCUACCUUAGUGGAUAUGAUGGUACAUUUCCUUUCCAAAAGCCAGGGGACAGAUAUGAGCAGCACAACUACAUGGGAAUGAGAGGGUUCUGUGCUUUUCUUGGUUCCUGCCUGGUUCCGUUGGUCUACCUCACAGUGUUGGAACUGUCAAAGUCACUGCCAGCAGCCUUACUCACAGCUUUCAUCCUUAUUUUUGAUACAGGCUGUAUUACUUUGUCUCAAUAUAUUCUGCUGGAUCCCAUUCUAAUGUUCUUUGUCAUGGGAGCUGUUCUGAGUAUGGUGAAAUGUAACAGCUGUGCGGAUAGGCCAUUUUCUGCCUCCUGGUGGUUCUGGAUGAGUCUCACUGGUGUGAACCUUGCUGGAGCGAUGGGGGUAAAGUUUGUGGGCCUUUUUGUAGUCCUCUUGGUUGGCCUGAACACAAUGCAUGACCUAUGGGACUUGCUGGGGAAUCUCAGCCUGUCACUGGUCAUGUUUGGGAAGCAUUUACUGGCUCGUGUACUCUGCCUCAUCCUGCUCCCGCUUGCCCUCUACACGGCUAUGUUUGCUGUUCAUUUUACAGUGUUAAAUAAAAGUGGUCCUGGGGAUGGUUUCUUCAGUUCAGCAUUUCAGUCCCAGCUGAUUGGGAACAAUCUUCAUAAUAUGUCUGUUCCAGAGCACUUGGCAUAUGGAUCUAUGGUCACGAUGAAGAACCUCCGAAUGGCAGGGGGAUACCUUCACUCCCACUGGCACCUCUACCCAGAGGGCAUUGGGGCUCGCCAGCAGCAGGUCACUGCCUACUUACAUAAAGAUUUGAAUAACCUCUGGAUUGUAAAGAAACAUCAUUCAGACACAGCAGAUCUGUCAGACCCCUCGAUCCCUGUGGAGUUUGUGAGGCAUGGAGAUAUUAUUCGUCUGGAACAUAAAGAAACUUCUAGAAAUCUUCACAGUCACCAGCAUGAGGCUCCCCUAACAAGGAAGCAUUUUCAGGUCACUGCCUAUGGAAUAAAUGGAACAGGAGACUCCAAUGAUUUUUGGCGGAUUGAAGUGGUAGGCAGAAAGGCUGAGAAGCUCAUCAGAGUACUACGGAGUCAAGUCCGGCUAAUCCAUGUGGCCACAGGAUGUAUAUUGGGCUCUUCUGGAAAGAUUCUGCCAAAAUGGGGCUGGGAACAAUUGGAAGUCACUUGCACGCCAUACUUGAAGGAGACUCCCAAUUCUCUCUGGAACUUUGAAGAUCAUAUUAACCCUAAGUUGCCCAAUAUCAGCCUGGAUGUUUUGAAGCCCUCUUUUGCAGAAAUUCUGCUAGAAUCCCAUAUGGUUAUGAUCCAGGGAAAUACUGCCCUCAAACCAAAGGACAAUGAAGUUACAUCCAAACCUUGGCACUGGCCCAUCAACUACCAGGGCCUGCGUUUUUCUGGUGUAAAUGAGACUGAUUAUCGGGUUUAUUUGCUGGGAAACCCGGUGAUUUGGUGGCUAAACCUCGUCACUAUUGGACUGUAUCUUCUGAUAACAGUUUCCACUGCAGUGGCUCUGAAGAGAGGUGUCCAGCUGACGUCUGAACACAAAGAACUGUCCAGAGUUGUGCUGCGUGGUGGAGGGCAGAUCAUGCUGGGCUGGCUCCUUCAUUACCUCCCUUUUUUUAUGAUGGGACGAGUUCUCUACUUUCACCACUACUUCCCUGCUAUGCUUUUUUCCAGCAUGUUGACAGGAAUCACCUGGGACACACUACUGAAGUUCUUAGCCGGGUUCUGGUCACCCAGCACUACAGCUAAAAAAGUAUAUGGAGCAGGGUUCCUGGCACUGGUUCUACUCAUCAUUUACAGCUUUUACCUCUUCCAUCCUCUGUCCUAUGGGAUUGUAGGACCCAUGGCCUCUGACCCUAGCAGCCCCAUGGCAGGGCUCCGGUGGAUGGACUCCUGGGAGUUUUAGAGCCAGCAAAGGGAGCCUGGAAACAGUGGAUGGGAAGCACGAGAUCUGCUGUAUGUCAGGCUGAUUCUGGUGCUUUGGAGACAUGUGACAGUAAAGUUCUCUCUCUGGAGAACCCUGUUGCUUUGGCAUUUGUUUGCACUGCCUGCAUUGGAAGAUGCAGAGGAUGACUGUGAGAAGGUCCUCCUAAAAUGACUUGUGUCCUGAAACCUUAGGUUAUAUUCCUGGACAACUGGCUGCUUAAAUCUCAAAUAUUUUGAGCAAUAUCUAUCAGUCAAACAGCAGUGGCAUUCCAGCAGUCAGACCUGUACAAGCUGAAGGCUGUGUGUAGUUGUGUGAUUGCGUGUAUGUGUCUUCAUGUAAUCUAACUGUUACAGUGAGACAGCAUCUGGGACAUUAGGAGUUUUAUGAUUAAGAAUAGUUUUUUUUAUGGUGAAAUUUUUGAAAGCUUCCUGUAAGUGUGCAGGGACCAGCAUUCUUCCCUGCCCUGCUGUCAGGGGGGUUUGUGCUGACCCUGAAUUUUUAGAAUUUGACUGAAAGGGGUCUGCUUGAAAUCCCCUGAGCCACUGUGCCUUGCCUGUCUCCCAGACCCUCUGCAGACAGAGGAGGUGGAGAUAGUUUAUCCCUCUAUACAGCCUUGCUUUUUGGUCACCUUUAAUCAUCUCAUAAUAACCACCUAAGAGGCCUGUGCCCAGAGCCAGACUGUUCCAGCUCAGUACUUUGUAGCUUCUUUGAAAUUCUGUCUGAAACUGCCAAGGAAAUUACAGUGGAAAUAGCAGGUGAUUUAUUUUCUGCCCCAGCAUGCUGUGAAGAUCGGACUCCUGUGGGUUUUGUAGAGUCUGAAAUGACAGCCUGAAAUUUUACAGAUGGCUGUCAUUUAUCUUUUGAUCCCAGCUAUUCCAGUGCCAGUACCUGUGCUUUUAGGGGAAAGGCUUCACCUUAAUACAUGUGGCAUCUGCAUACCUGUCUGUAAGUGCCACAGUAUCUGCUCACUGUAUUCCAAUAUUGAGCAUGUUCCCUCUCAUAGAUAGCUGAGCAUUAAAUUACUUUAUCGAAGGAAAUGCAAGGCCAGGCAAAAAUUCUUUGUCUGUUAAGAGUCAAAAGCCAUUCGAUAUUGAAUCCACCCCUUCCAAGAGAGCAGAAUUCUGUUUAUCAGGUGCCUUUCUCCUGCUUUAGGUCAAUUUUUGUAAAUGUUCCUUUUAUUCCACCUCCUGUUCUUUACCCUGUUUUAAUUUGUUGUCAGUUCAAGGUUGUUACCUUGUAGCAUCCAACAUGAAUGACACUUAAGACUCCAGCUGUGUUCGUGUCUCAGGUAAUAUUUGCAGAACUCUUUUGUGUAUGUUUCAAUGAACUGAAGCCUUUCGUUUCUUGCUCUGCUUCUUAGCCUUGCAUAAAAAUUACAGGUACAGGGAGAGCAGCAGGUGAGCCUGUCUGUCUUUAAGCAUAAAUUGUGCAUUCACUUCUCUUACAAAUCUUGAAUUCUAGCAUAUUUCUUGCAACACAGAAGGGCAGCAUUAGCAUAGUUGUUCUGUGGGGGGGACUGAGCCACUCGUCAGACUUUCUUUCAUUCCUUUUUAGUAGAGAUCCAUAGCAUUUUUCAGUAAGGCAGCUGCUUGCUAUUAUAAGGCUCUGGCUUGGUAUGUCACAUCUCUCUCCAGAAGUUGACUCCCAUAGACAAUAACUCAGUAUAGAUCAAUGCCUCUGAUUCUAAAGGUUUUAUGUUAAUCAUCUGCUGGUAAUACAUGGUGGGAAGUCAUUGCACUGAUUAGCUUCUGGGUUUGAUGGUUCUUUUCUACUUGCUAUUGCAGGAAGUGCUCCCACUGUAUGAGCCAGGGGUUCACAGAGGUGAUGUAUAUGCAAGAAGGAUGAGGGAGAAGGCUACAAACUUCUACACAUCCUGCUUGAUCUGACAGCAGCUGUGAAUUGUUACCUGUUGGCAAUGUGGCUGGCAGACAGUGCAGUGCUGCCAUUGUAGCAAUGUGAUUUUGCACCUUCUACUCUUGGUGAGAUUAUCGACUUAACUUGCUAUCCUGAAUAUGAGAUUUCCCUAAGGUAGCCCCAUUGCCAUGGGGAGGAUUUGCCAGAAGAGCUGAUAAAAGCCAUGAUUUAAGGUGCAGGCUUUUUUCCAGCACAUACAAUCAGACACUUGCCCUUAUGAUUAACAGCAAAAAAUCCCUAAGAAACUUUUGUUUUGGAAUGACAGCUUCUACUAUUCAUCAAAUUAGAUUUGUGGGAAAGCAAAAAUUGACUCGGUAACCUAGGUUACUUGGGUUAUUAUGAAGGGGUCAGCUUUAAUGGAGCUGCCUGAGGAAGAUGAGCCAGUGUGUUCCUUUGGCCAGGGUCCCUCUGUCCUUUAUCACUUAUAAUCUUUCAUGUGGGGAUUGACAGCUGAAGGUGGCAAGUAUCAUGCUCCCAUCCCACCUUCCUGUGCACAAGCCCAGCUUCCAGCUUUAUUUUUCUUUAGGACUGCCAUUUCAAAAAUCCUCUGAGAGCACCUGGUAGGUGUUGAGACUAAUCUGUUUCUUAGGCCCUGUGUGCUGGUAAGGAGACAAAGGCAUACAGUGAACAAAAAUCUGGCUAUUCCACAAGAGGGGGCAGCCUCUAGCUCAGUCUUUUAUUUCUGGUGGGUUUAGUUUUUUGUGGUUUCUUCUUUUGUUUUUAUUUUUUGUUGUGGUGGUUUUUGUUUGUUUUUUGUUUGGUUGGUUUUGGGUUUUUUUGUUUUGUUUUGUCUUGAAUAAGCUUGAUCUGGAGUUAAAAGUACUCAAAGGUCUACAUUUGAAGACUAGAGGGCACACAUUUCCUCUGCACCCUCUGGACUGCAAGCAUUCUGUUUUCAAAAAGUGUAAAUUGAUGUUGCUCUGUUUUCUGUCAGGAGAAAAAUACUGAAAAAUUACUUUAGUUAGAAUUUGACCCUCAAACUUUGAUUAUCAAACCCUGUCAGGCCACAGUUAGAACACUGUGGUAAACGAUAUUUUAUGAGGUCAAUGAAGUACAGUAAUUGGGAUUCCAUUACUGACUCUGAAUUAAACCGUAUGAGUGGUGCAGAUGUGCAGGGCACUCUGCUUUCUGAGUGGAAUUUGGGCUGCUUCGGUUCAGUUUUUCCAUUUGUGCUUGUGGAAUGACUUAAGAUUAAUUUUGAAAACUGAUUAUUAGUCUUUUUUCCCAACCCAUGUGGAAAAUAGCUGCUGGUGCUUUCUGAGGCCAGAAGAUCCUAUUCUCUAGAGCAACUGCUCUCUUUGAACUUUGCUCGACAGGGCUCCUUUUGUCACUGUCAGAGUGUUUCAUCAAGUUGUAUCUGUGGAUACAAAUCACAAAAAGCUGCAGGCUGCCAUGCUCCCUGUUUCAUAUUCUUUUUUAUGUGUAAACUAUUUUCGCCUUUUUGGUCUUUGGAGGAUAGAUAGAAGGCCUUUGGGCUCAUCUAGCUUCAUCCUAGACAAUUCAUCCACCUUAAAAGGCUCCUGUUAAUCGUCACUUCAGGACACAAGUGCACACACAUCUAUUCCAGCAGCAGGGACUGGGCUGUUUCCAGGAGCUGGACUACUUCUGCUAUGAGACACUUGUGACUGUGAGGAAGAUUUGAAUAGCAAUUCCUGUGCUGAGGUUGCCCUUGCUUGAGAUGGAGGACUUCAUGUCAUGCACUGCUUACCAGCAUUGUUCACAAGCCUGUGGGUGGGAGAGGUACCACCACUUUUGUCUGCAGUUUUACCAUGUUGAUUGGGAGGGCUUAUUGAUACAUAAAGGGCACUGACAGAACCUGCUUUUUAUUUCUCCCUCCUGCUUCUUCAAGUAUGCCCAGACUACGGGAAAUGUCUUUGCUUCUCCAGUUUUCAGGCUGUGCAUCCAUUUCUUACAGGUGCCUGAACAAGGGGUAGGACAGGACACCUCCUAGUGUCCUGAAUGGAUGAAUAGCUGUCACAUGUACUGAGAGUAAAACUAGAAUCUUGUUAUGGAAGGGUAAACAAAUGUGUAAUUUGAUAGACCCCUCCUGUAUCCCUCUGAGAAUCCUUUUCAAAGGACUCGAGAGUGAACCAGCUGUCAGUGUGGAAACAGGCAUUUACCUGAAAUUCUCUAUUGCCAUGCUUCGUAGUUUCCUUUCCAGAGACCAUGCCCGCAUGAUUUACCCUCUGGGUUGGUACUCUGCACCCAGGUACCAUGAUAACACUGUUUCUUCCUCUCAGGAUACUGCUGGCAAUGUGAAAAUGUUCUUAGUAGUGCCCUGUGCCUCUGCCAGCUGGGCAAUAUAGGUAAGUUCAGGUUUUUGCCCUUUACAGUGAGUUACCCCACAUAUUGGCAAGUGUGUGUCAUGAAAGCAAAAAAAUGUGGACUGUUAUAACAUCAUCAGGCUCUUUCCUGCUGGAAAAGGAAGGCUGAGGAUAAGAACACCAUGUCCAUAGCACACAUGCUGUCUUUGGAGGGCUAUGAGCUACAAGCAGUCAGGACUGAAAAUUGUCUCUGUCUUCUUGUAAGUACCAAGACCUUGGUCGCAUGGUUGGUUGUGAGUUGCUUUACUUGAAUGUCAAGGGCUAUGAUUAUUACAAAUAAUAUCUGAGGUAGGGGACAUACUAGCACAUAAAGCACUCCUGCUGAAUUUGUAAUUGGUCCUAAAACUUUGCCAAGUGAGUUCAUUGUGUUUUACAAGAGGCACUGUUUAGAGGCAUCCUUGGAGAACUGGACCCUGUCUGAGCAAGAGUUUGGAGUAGCAGUGAGAGGGGUCUUUUGUAAUUCUGUUCUACAUUCUGAACCUUACUAAUGCUGUGUGUUUAUGUGUGUGCGUGUGCAUCUGUCCAUGAACUGAAUGUAUUCUAACUAAGGUGCAGUUACUGCAUCAUAACAGCGUGGAUGGGAGGAUGUUCCCUUUAGCUAUAUGUGUAUUUUGUACAGGAGAUACAGAAAAUGAGGUAGAAUUUGGAAUUUAAUUUUGUAAUAAAUAACUCUACUUUCAAACAUUCU